UGUGUGUGUGUGUGUGUGUGUGUGUGUGUAGCGUAGCUAUCUCUGCUUAUUGCCACAUAAAGUGGUACUAUUGAGUGCAAAUGAGAGCUGUUGGAGUGCCCUCAGCCAAACACUCCACCAGAGCCUAGAGAGACAUGAACCGAUUCUAAAUGCACAGAAGGAGAUGGGUAAGGCAACUGGUGACAUGAAUGACUUGGCACAGUGUAAAAAGUCUACCAUUUGAAACAGCAGGAGCAGUUCACUGGUUUGUAGCAGUGAGUAGGAGGAGGGAUCUCUUCUCGCUUGGCAUGCUCAGUCCUGAACGACCCCGGCCCGGAUGUGGCCCAGAGUGUUCUGCUCUCCAAGUUGUGAGCAACAAGAUGUCAAAAACAAUUCCCAUGCUUUCAAACGAAGAACAAAUAUAGCAUCUCUCUUUGAGAUUCCAGGAAGGUGUGAAAGAUUGAUUUGACAGUUGAAUUCGCUCACUCGCAAAGAGAUUGAGGCGUGUAGACAAAGAGUGCGUGAAAAAUCCAAGUGACCCAAAUCAAACACAUCCAAGUCCCAGGUAGUUGUGCAUUCUGGGUCCGAUUUCGCUCUAACCCGAUACAGAUCAGUAGUGACAUGUUAUUCUGGGUUUCACUAACGAAGUGCUGCUUUUGUACCUAGUCCAUUUCAAUUUACUCCAUCCACACAUGAUGUCCUUCAGAUCUUUCUGAUUUGAUUUGAUAUACUGUUGCAUUGGACAUUGACAGGCAAAUAUCGAGAUGUAAUGACUGUUCACUUAUUAUUAACAAGUUAUCUCCUGGAGGGUAAACAAUCAAACCAGAUGUGCAAUUACAAUGCUAAUGAGAAAAGGGGUUGGCGCUAAUAUUUGUUUUCCAUUCAGGCAUGGUUGUAAUUAGGCAUACCCAGCAACUCCAGUCUCCAGAAUCAGACAAAGGCUUUGGGGUUAAUCUGAUGUUUGAUACAUUUUUAAUAAGUCCCGAGCAUUUUCAGAGAUUCUUCAUGAAUGCAAUGCUUGAGUAAAUCUGAGAGAACGCACAAAGUGGCCAAGCUUGAAAGCACAUUCUAAUUAUUCUACUAUCAGAAGUGUAGAAAAUGGGCGGGUGGGUCACAGAGUGAGGCUUAUUUUUCUUUUGCGAGAAGGGGUCGAAGGUUGUUGAGAAGGGAGUCGCCAUCACUGUCAAAUGGAGAAGCACCUUGAUGCACUGUGGAUUUUCUCUCCUUCUUAAAGUCAGAAUGUGCGGAAUGUGCCCGAUUACACUCCUGACCUGUCUAUCCAUGAUAAAUCUCCUCUGAGAAGAAAUGCUUUUAGGAUAAAAAAAAAGGAUUUUAGUUGGAUCUUGAUCUGCACCGGGACAAAAAAAGGGCCAGUCAAGAAUAAUUGAUCUGGCAAAAGCUUUAGACUUUGUCUCUCUCUUUUUUUUUCUGUCGAAGUCCCUCGAAAAACAGAGUGAAAAGUUAUCAGAUUUAACCAUCUUUUUAAUAUUAGAUUAUCCACUGAAAUACGCUAAAACAACCGUGGAUGUUCCAAGCCCUCUCACUCACUCUGUAGUUUUAAUACCAUUGUGACACACUCUCUUAAGGUCUUCUCCAUAGUUCUGAUCUGGAUGGCGGUAUUUCCUAGGAAAUUGUGCGGUGGUUGUUUUAAUUCGCCCUCUAGACCGAUGGUAAAGGGGUUGAUUUAUGUCCCCUUCAGUGUUUUCAUGAGGCAUUCUGCAGCUCCCCUCUCCCUUUGGCAUCUGGUCGCUAAUGCAUUAAUGUGACACACCAGAGAUUGGUGGGGGAGAAUUUUAUUAUUUUUUUUUUUAAUAAUCGUCCAUCAAUUUUGAGAUUUUGCCUAGAAGCCCUAAGGGUGAGUUGGAGGAAGCAGACGCAUAUUAUCCCGCUUAUCUGUCUGCGGAUUGCCAAGACUUUAUGGGUUGCGGGUCCUGGCUUAGCAUGCAUAAGCCACUGGUUGGGGUUGGUGUGCGGAUAAAUGUCUCUUCUCUGCCCUCUGCCAUCACAGCAGCGUUUUUGAUGACUUAAAACUAGCAACUCUCAUUAGCGUAUAAAUCCAUCUUACUCUGCUGUCUUGUUUUUAGGAAGAACAUUUGCCAAAUGGUUCUAAAGUUCUCUAAAGUUUCACAAUUCAGAUGCAUUUUACAAUUAAUGGCAAUUAGCUUUUACAUUUUUUUUUUUAAGUUUAAAUACUGCUUAGCUUUCAUUAAUCGAUGUAGAUCCUUGUUUUUUACCCGUGGCCAAGUUUCAAAUUCAUUGCUUUUGUUUGGUGUCGUGCUGUAGCCAGCGUAAUCAGUUAUUAUGCGGAGAACGUGGCGCACAGCCAGGGAUGGCACAAUGAGACACUGGAGUGACCUCAGCGUUGGCAUUAAACUCCUAAAACUCACCAUGCAAGAGGUGUUGUUCUGCAAAGCCCCUCAUCCCACACGCAGCACCCUCAUCCCAGCACUAAGACUGAUGGGUCUUUUAGGAGGACACUCAAAUGUUAUCAGUUUCUCUCUUUUUCUCGUCUUCGCUGACAUCUUACCCUUCGAGUCUCUACUUUUCAAGUCGAGACGCACCACUCGGUGUUUACUUUAUGAGAUAAGGUCGAAGGGGGGAGCUGCAGAUGGUGAUCUGUUCUUACGUCCCUCCCAAAAAAAAGUGGAGAGCAGAACUCCCUGAUCUGCUCUUUCUGAUGAGGAGUGUGGAAAUAAAAAAGUGCCCCAUCGCUGCUCCAUCUUCGUCUAUUAAUCACUCGGCUCUCCCUUCCCACAGAUGCGCCGUGUCCCUCUGCCGCCACGCUCGGCUCCUUCUAUAUGAGCACGGUUUGACAGAGACAUUAUAGGCCAUAAUUACGUGGUGAACAGGAGGGAGAUUGAUGCUCGGCCCCGUCUCGCAACUCCUUGACAUGUCUGCCGGCACAUUGAGAAAUAACCGGCAGGCUCCGUCGGCCGACCGGUUCACCCUGCCAUCGGUUAACUCCAUUCUCGUUAGAACUUCAUAAAGUAUGAUUGGGGACUGAGCGUGCCAUAUGGUCGCGAUCAAUCCUCGGAUCUUUUUAUUGGGGAGGCUUUUAAAUGUGGUGCUGGUGGUGGGGGACCAAGCACUCUCUGGGGGGGAUCUCAGUGACUCAUCGAAGUCUGUGGAGAUUCGCACAACUGAGUGGGAACACGGAGAAGAGAACCUCAAUGCGACCACUCCAGAUGACAAACACACGGAUGAAAAGCAUUCAAGUUAAUAAUGUGUGGUUUCCCAACAAGUGAAGUAAAACCUUUUAAUAGAUAUCUUGAAUCAGAUGGGAAUGCAGUACCAGGCAGAGCCACUAGUGAGGCAGUGCAUGGUGUUAUGAAUAGAAAUGAUAAUUAAAUGGUGUUAUGUAAUUGAAUAAGUUCUUUUAUGGGUUGCCAGCCUUGUUCUUAGCAGUGUAGUGAACAUGAGAGGCCAUGCAUAGCUAUGUACUGUAGGCCGUUCCUGCUUGGCAUAGAUACUGAAACAAUCCUUCUAUGGCUUCCUUUUGACUGAAUGAAAAUGAACUAUCGCAGGCCCAAGUACAAAUCUUUAAAGCAGGAUUAUCGGAGAACAGGGAUUGUUUGCCAAUUUCAUUACGACAUGGGUGUGGGUGAGUUUCAAGAAAACUGGUGUGAUAUUGUGUUCUGCGUUGAAAGAUUAUCCUGUUCCUUUUCCUAUGAAUCCCCCCCCCCCCUUAAUGUUGAAAUCCAUUUAGAAAAUCACAUUAGGGUCACCACAAGAUCAAGUGACUGUCUUUCUUUCCCCUUCCUGUACAUAAAGCUCUUUAUUGUGUCGUGUCUUUAUCACCCUAAUAGGAAGCUGUGGCGGGCCAAAUUGUUUUGAUUUCUCUAAGCGGGUGUCAAACGGCGCUUUUAUUGGAUGCGUCUCUUCAGGAAAAUAACCAGGCCAGUUUUGACUGGAUGUCCUGUUGCAUUAGGCUCAGCGCCGCUGACGCACCCCAGACAGCAUUGUCCCUCUCAGCCAGCUCCUGACACAUGACCCUGGGCUGCGCAGCUCCGCUGCUUGACUGACACAGUGUGGGCUGUGUGGAGGUCCCCAGCUACACAGGCCCAUUAGCACAAGUGCCAGACAUGGAGAGGCCUAGCCUCACCCCACCCCCACCGCCCCAGCUCACCCCACACAUAGCACCCGGUGUGGGACUGCGAGGACCCGGGGUCCUGUGGAUGGGCCAGAGCCUCCUCUGUCUAAUAAUGCACGUCCGUCUGUCAGCGGCCGCCCGUGGGAUCUUUUGGACGAGACUCAGAUUACUCCGAUCUGCAGGUUGCUUUCAGCUCAGAGCUGAACAUGAGUGGAGUUUUUAUGGUUGCGUUGAAAAAGACAGAGAAAAGAUGUGUCUCCAGCAGACCCAACAAACGUCCUCUGGGAAGAUUUGCGAGGGAAAUUUUGUCUCUCUACGGUGUGUCCAAGCCACCCAAACUAAGCAACAAAACACAGGGUUGGUUGUUUAUAGGCCUGACUCUGCCUGCAGUUUUCCCAGAUGUAUUGUCUUGUAUACCUGAAAAGAUAUUGGAAACCAUUCACACAAUUGACAUGAUUUAAAUCAAAAUAACCAACAAACUAAAGACCGAAGUCAUCCAGAUGGAGAUUUAGACUCAGAUUUCAAAUUCCCUUUAGUGACAUGACCAUUCCUCAGUACUUACAUCAGGAUGUUGCCUCGCUGUUCAUAUACAGAUAUUGCUACCAUGCCUUUUAUGUUUUUGUCCAUAUUCUUUGACCCAAUGUUAUUAUUGAUAAAGUGACCCCAUGCUCUGUACCUGAGAUUCAUUUACAGUCGUGACAAUGAAAAUAUCCCCUCUGGUAUUUCUCUCUCAAUCUGUUACAGAGCUGAGCCCUUGGAUUUCCACAUUCUCUCACCAAGGAGUGAGAGAAUACUCUCUGUUGACCCUCGACCUCACCAGGAACGAGCUUAUCGUUGGUGCAAGAAACUACCUCUUCAGACUGAGUCUAAGCAACAUCUCCCUUAUCCAGGCAACAGAAUGGAGCCCGGACGAAGACACCAGGAGGUCCUGUCAGAGCAAAGGAAAGACAGAGGUGGAGUGUCAGAACUACAUCCGGGUGCUUCUGAUCAACAAGACGGAGGUGAUGACCUGCGGAACCAACGCCUUCCAGCCUCUCUGUAUGAUCCGCGAGGUCGGUAAUCUGAGCAACGUGCUGGAGAAGGUGAACGGUGUGGCUCGCUGCCCGUACGACCCGCGCCACAACUCCACGGCCGUGGUGACCGAGAGCGGCGAGCUGUACGCCGCCACGGUCAUCGACUUCUCGGGCCGUGACCCUGUCAUCUACCGCAGCCUGGGCGGCCUGCCUCCCCUCAGGACGGCGCAGUACAACUCCAAGUGGCUCAACGAGCCACACUUCAUCUCGGCGUACGACGUGGGCCUCUUCACCCUCUUCUUCCUGCGGGAGAACGCCGUGGAGCAUGACUGCGGCAAGACGGUGUACUCGCGGGUGGCCCGCGUCUGCAAGAACGACAUCGGCGGCCGCUUCCUGCUGGAGGACACCUGGACCACCUUCACCAAGGCGCGGCUCAACUGCUCUCGCUCGGGCGAGAUCCCCUUCUACUACAACGAGCUGCAGAGCACCUUCUACCUGCCCGAGCAGGACCUCAUCUACGGCAUCUUCACCACCAACGUGAAUAGCAUUGCUGCAUCUGCGGUUUGUGCGUUCAACCUCAGCGCCAUCACUCGGGCCUUCAACGGGCCGUUCCGCUCCCAGGAGAACCCCCGCUCCACCUGGCUUCCCACGCCCAACCCCAACCCCAACUUCCAGUGUGGCACCAUCGAGGACGACGGUCCUAACGAGGGCCUGACGGAGCGCAGUCUGCAGGACGCCCAGCGGCUCUUCCUCAUGAACGACGUGGUGCAGCCCGUCUCUGUGGACCCACUUGUCUGGCAGGACGACGUGCGCUUCUCCAAGCUGGUGGUGGACAUCGUGCAGGGCCAGGACACCCUGCACCAUGUCAUGUACAUCGGCACGGAGUAUGGGACCAUAUUAAAGGCCCUGGCCACGACCAAUAAGAGUCUGCAGGGCUGUUACCUGGAGGAGAUGCAGCUGCAGCCCCGAGGCCUCCGCGAGCCAAUCCUGAGCCUGCAGAUUCUCCAUGGCGACCGCAUGCUGUUUGUGGGCCUGAGGAACAAAGUGGUGAAGAUCCCCCUGGCCAGAUGCUCCGCCUACCAGAACCAGCAGACGUGUCUGGAUGCGCGGGACCCCUACUGCGGCUGGGACCAGAAGCAGCGGCGCUGCACCACCAUCGAGGACAGCUCCGACAUGAGCAAGUGGAGCCAGAACAUCACAGCCUGUCCUCUUCAGAACCAGACCACUAAUGGCGUCUUUGGGCCCUGGGCACCAUGGCAACCCUGUAGCCAUACCGACGGCGACGGCUCCAGCGCCUGCCUGUGCCGCUCCAGGACAUGCGAUAGCCCCCCGCCCCGCUGCGGGGGCAAAAACUGCCAGGGCCCCACCAUCGAGGUGUCCAACUGCUCCAGGAACGGAGGCUGGACUCCCUGGUCGUCCUGGGGCCAGUGCAGCACCACGUGCGAAAUCGGCUUCGAGGUGCGCCAGCGCUCGUGUAACAACCCUGCGCCCCGACACGGGGGACGAGUGUGUGUCGGACAGGCCAGAGAACAGAGGUUCUGUAAUGAGAAGGUGACGUGUCCUCAGCCCGUCUUUUGGUCGUCGUGGGGCUCGUGGACCAAGUGCAGCGCGGAGUGUGGAGGCGGGGUCCAGUCCCGCGUGCGCACCUGUGAGAACGGCAACAGCUGCCCUGGCUGUGCCCUGGAGUAUAAAGCCUGUAACCUGGACGCGUGCCCGGAGGUGCGGCGGAACACGCCGUGGACGCCGUGGAUGCCGGUGAACGUUACGGCGGGCGGCGCGCGACAAGAGCAGCGUCUCCGCUACACGUGCCGCGCCGCGCUGGCCGACCCGCACGAGCUGCAGCUGGGCAAGCGCAAGGUGGAGACGCGCAACUGCCCCAACGACGGCUCGGCCGCCUGCGAGACCGAUGCCUUGGUGGACGAGCUACAGAAGACCCCUGUGGUGCGGCUGACGGGCUCGACAUGGUCGUCGUGGGAGACAUGGUCAGCGUGCACGCAGGACUGUGCUAAGGGCUACCGCACCCGCCGGCGCUUCUGCUCCACGGCUGAGAGCAAGAGCAACCCAUCGGCAUGCCGCGGGUCACCGGUAGAGUACCAGGACUGCAACCCCCAGCCUUGCGCAGUGAAUGGCGCCUGGUCUUGCUGGUCACCUUGGUCUCAGUGCUCGGUGGCGUGUGGGGGGGGGCACUACCAGCGCACGCGCACCUGCACCAACCCGGCCCCCGAACACGGAGGGGACAUCUGCAUCGGCCUGCACACGGAGGAGGCCCUCUGUAACACUCACCCCUGUGAUGGCGGCUGGAUGGCGUGGUCGGUGUGGUCCACCUGCGACGACACAGGCCUACAACUGCGCAGUCGGGCCUGCGGGUCCCAGGGCGGGGCGCCGUGUGUGGGCAACAGCACUGAGCACAGGGACUGCAACGAGAUCCCAGUGAUUCUUCCAGCGUCCGGCUACGAUAAGGAGCAGCUCUGUGGAAGGUUCACGCUCCUUCACCUCAUAGCCACAGGCGUGUCCUGUUUCUUGGGCGCGGGUCUUCUGUCGUUCCUCGUGUAUAUUUACUGCCAGCGCUUCCACAAGCAGUCGCAGGAGUCGGCAGUCAUCCACCCCACCACGCCUAAUCACCUCAACUACAAGGGAAACACCACGCCAAAGAACGAGAAAUACACGCCCAUGGAAUUCAAGACUUUGAAUAAGAAUAACCUGCUACCGGAUGAGCGGACCAACUUCUUCCCAUCGCCCCUCCAGCAGACGAACGUCUACACCACCACGUACUAUCCCGCGGCCCUGGGCAAGUACGACUACCGUCCGGACUCCUCCCCUUCCCCGUGCAGAACCUACAACAGCUGAGACCCGUCUUCUAGUCUCCCAUGAGGCCGUCGCCAUGGUGACAGGACUGGCUUUUAUCACUGGACCUCUUUUUGCCCUCCCCCAGCUCCAAGUCCCCCUUCAUCUUUCUCCUCUUCCCCUGUUUCUCUAAAACCUCUGAACCCUCUGUGUCUCGCGGAGGGGGGGGGCGGGGGGGGGGGGGGGGGGGGUGCCCUUCUAGAACAUUCCACCCAACUGUCCUUACCUCAUCCCCUCCCACACUGGAGGAGAGAGGCCUGUCACUCAACCCCCAGUGCGUUCCAGUUGGAACGGCUGGAGGCGUCACAGCUUAUGUUUCCGAGGAUCGUUUGGCGAGGCCGAUACUUGCUAACGAAGACCCUGAGUAAACUCACUGUAAGGAGCCUGUCGGCUGAACUGAGUGACUCUCCAUGGGGAUCUCGCAAGCAUGAGAUCCCUCCAUCUCAUAAAUAGGAAAUCCCACAGGAGGCAGUUACUGGAAUCCUCUUUGGACUCUCAAUCACACUCUGUGAAGUGGAGGCAGGAGCAAGUGGAGAUCAGGAUUUAAAAAAAGGAAAAAUGACUACAAGAGCUCAUGACGGAGCCUGUGGUUACAGCAGUUGAUACACAGCACCCACACAUCUACCACAGGCAAGGACCUUGAACCCUGAACGGCAGUUGGACUCUAGAACCGUUGGUGGUCCCUUGAGAGCCCCCGUCUGUCUGUCUGGAGGAGAGCGUGCACGAUAAAGACAUUCAGUGUAUGUGUGUGUGUUUGUGUGUUGUGUGUGUGUGUGUGUGUGUGUGUGUAUGUGUGUGUGAAAUCCAGUGUUGGAAAAAAAAAAAAAGAUUUCCAAAAGGAUAACACGCUGCCAGUAGUGCUGGUCUCAGGAGCUUUUAGUUUGUGCCACACAUUCCCCUGCAUACUCUGUAUAGGAGUAUACGAGUCUUAGGAAUUGGUUCACCAUUUGGAGCGGAAGAACUAAUGGGGGGGGGGGGGGGUGUAGGUGCACGAUUGCUAUGGCACCUGCUGUCAUGGAGAUUAUGGAUAUCUUGGAACAGGAAUUCUUCUAAGUGUUAGGGGUUGGGAGCAUCACUGGUGCCUGUUGAUGAAAUGAGAAACUAUUGGAGAAUAACUUCUAUUCAACUGUUUAUUUGUUUUUUUUUUCCUUUUUUGUGGGAAGGGGGAAUCUGCUUGCGUCUUUGAAUGGAUGCAUCCUACUGAGUACUGUAUGCCCUGAUGGUCAUAUAAGAUAUGCCAAACGUACCAGGGUGGACUGAGUUUUAAUAUGGUAGAAUAUACUGAUAGUGUGGCACUUGUUUUUUAAUGGUUAUUUUUAAGAUGGAAAUAUUUGUUCUUCAUAGAUUAGAUGGAUAGUAAAGUCUAUUUAAACCGCAGUAUGUCAGAUCGUGGAGGGAUUGAGAAUGGUUAAAGAUGCCAUUUGAAGAUACACAUAUUCUUUUCAGAUAUGUAGAGGCAAUAUAUUAUUAAUUACCACUUUUUUGCAUAUAGGAAAACCCCAUAGAUUAUUAUAUGUAAUGGAAAAUAUUCAUAAUUUAUAACUGUAGCAAAAAUCACUGGCUCUCUUCUUAAUAGCUAAAUCAUGCUUUUCUAAAAGUGAUUGGAAUGUAAGUGCUGAUAUACAUUCUACAUUUGUGUGUGUGUGUGUGUGCGCGCGCGCGUGCAUACAUGUAUAUAUGUGUGUGUGUGUGCAUAUGUGUGGUGCGUGUGUGUGCGUGCGUGCCUGUGCACGUUGUAUGUGUGCAUGUGUGUAUGGACAUGCACUUCUGUGCAUGAGUGUACUGUAUGGUCAGGUCAGUCCCAUGUCUUGUUAUAAAGCUCUACUGUCAAUGUCGUCACUUUGUGGGUGGGCUCUGUACCAGUCAAAUGCAAGCACCAGACUGCAUUGUGUCCAAACACACGUGCCCAGGCUGCUUGUCUCUGUGUUUUUUUCCUGCACAUCAUCAUGUUUGACAACCGAGGGAUAUAUGAUCAUCAGAAGCAUAAAAAUGUGAUAUUUAUAUUGAAGCCUGGUUUCGGAAACAGAGGCACUGGAGAACUAUUUUUUAUUACGCCGCUUGUUCAAUGAAUGCAAACCAGCAGUGCUAUCGGUUCAGCUACGCACGAGAGCUCUUAUCUCUGUACAUAGGAGGCGCCCUUCUGCGCCAACACAAGAAAAAUGACAUCUAAAGGCUAGUGUAAUAUAAAUGUAUAUUGUAUAGCUAACACUGUUUUUGUUUUCUUUUUUAAAAAAGGCCUUAUAGUUGUUUAAAUAAAGAACAGCGUAUGUGUACACAGUAUAUACCAACCAUAUGAGCGUGUGGGGAUUGAACCUGUCAGUGACAUCCAGUGGCAUAUGAUGGACAGGAUUGCCGAUUUCAUCUUGAAUAAUAAAAACGAAGGUAUCUGGACUACGUGUCUGAAUGAUAACUCACCGUGAGGUAAUCCUGUGUUAGUAUUUAUGUCCAUAUGUCACUUGUGGUUCCGGGGGCACCUCAUUCUGUAAGGGAGAAAUCUGCUAUUCAUUAUGGUAAACACCACUGGCCCAGGACCUGUGUCGGUCAAAAUUACAGGACUCCUGACUCAACAUAGCUGUCUGUAUCAAAUUGGUGAUUUAUGGUGGAAGGAUCAGUAAAUGACUCUUCCAAGGGACUUCUGCAUCGCCAUCCAACUAAUUUACAUUAAGAGUGUUGUGGUCUGGAACCCCCUUGACGAGGGAUUCAUUUGGGUUUGGUCCAACACUACAGUUAUUGGACCAUUUCAAAGAGUAAUAUCAUACUGAAAACUAAGCUUGUCAGCCAGGAGAGCGAGAUAUAUUAAUCUUUUAUCUUCUCUUCCAUGAGUACAGUCAGUACAUUAUAUCUUACCAUUCCAAUUUCAGUUAGUUUAUCUUUGUAACUGAUAAUGAGACUCAAAUUUCAGUUUUGAUGUAAUGCAGCCUUUUUGAGGCUGUCUUUCUGUUAGCAUGUGAAACACUCCUCAGACCUAGCUGAUUCUGAUUAGUUGAUGUCUAAGUGGGUCCACUGAUUUUUUUCCAAACUUAUUUCCCAGUAAAAGCUAGGCGGACAGUGGCAGGCUAGCUCAUGUGCCCUUUAAAAAUAAAAAUAAAAACUUAGCAAGCGGUUAUUUCAGACCAAGUCAAUACAUUUGAGCAUUUGAUCUGGGGAUAAAUGUAGGUCCUGUUUUCUACCACCACCUCCUCUUAAGGUUCACUCUGGAUCUGGUAUUGGAUGGAGUUCUGGAUCUGGUAUUGGAUAGGUAUUGGAUAGAGUUCUGGAUCUGGCAUUGAGGCUCUCCGUCCCCACAAGGCGUGGUAACCUUCUAUGCAACUGACCUGGUGGUACUGUUAGAUAUGUGAUGUAGACUAUAAUCACUGCCUUUUAGACACUGUGAAUUUUUUGGUACUCUAUAUUUUUGUACAUUGUACAUUGUAAAGGAUAAUAAAAACCUCGAUGCCAACCGAAA